CCCAGGGUCUGGUCUCCUGAUCCCAGCCCGGGCAGGUAUAAGGCCACUUCCCCAGGCCAACAGAGCCUAGAAGGAAACGAAGGGGGCCACCAUGUCCUUUUGGAGCAGACAACGAUACCAGAGCCCAGGGGGGUUUGAUCCCCAUCUUCCUAGGACCCUGUUCUUGCUGCUGCUGUCUCUGGCCUCGGCCCGGGGAGUCACCCCAACCCCCAAAGGCUGCGUGGUGUUCCAGUCAGAGAAAGGCAGUUCCAUCUCCUGCCACCCGCCUGCCCAAGUCCCCCGCUCCCUGCCGGCCGACACCUUCCACCUGGUCGUGGAGUUCUUCAACCUGACGCAGCUGCCCCCCGACAUCUUGCAGGGCGCCUCUAAACUCCAGGAACUGCACCUCUCCAGCAACCGGCUGGAGGGCCUGGCGGCCGAGUUCCUGCUUCCCGCGCCAGGGCUGCGGGUGCUCGACCUGACCCGCAACGCGCUGGCCGGGCUGCCGCCGGGCCUGCUCCGGGCCUCGGCCGCCCUGGAGACCCUGGUGUUGAAGGAAAACCGGCUGGAGGUUCUGGAAGCCUCGUGGCUGCACGGCCUCAAAGCGCUGGAGUUCCUGGACCUGUCCGGGAACCGCCUGCGGGAACUGCCGGCCGGACUGCUGGCCAACCUCACGCGCCUGCGCACCCUCGACCUUGGGGGGAACCGGCUGGAGGCCCUGCCGCCCGGCCUCCUGCGGGGCCCGCUGCGGCUGGAGCGGCUGCACCUGGAGGGCAACCGGCUGCGGGUGCUGGCCAAGGAGCUGCUCGGGCCGCAGCCGGACCUGCGCCUCCUUUUCCUGAACGACAACCAGCUGGCCGAGGUCGAGGCAGGCGCCUUCCGAGGCCUGCGCCGGCUGGACAUGCUGGAUCUUUCCAAUAACUCGCUGGCCAGCGUGCCCGAGGGGCUGUGGGCACCCCUGGCGCAGCGCGGCCGGGACAUGCAGGACGGCUUCGACAUCUCCAGGAACCCCUGGGUCUGCGACCAGAAGCUCAACGACCUCUAUCGCUGGCUCCAGGCCACAAAAGACAAGAUGUUCUCGCAGGAUGACACGCGCUGCGCCGGGCCUGAGGCCGCGAAGGGCCAGACGCUCCUGGCAGUGGCCGGGGCCCAGUGAGGCCGGGGCGGGGUGGGGCGGCUGGAGUGGGGGGCCCUGGCAGGACACCGCACCCCACUUAGCAAAUAAUCCCAGCUCCUGGUGAGACUCAAAGCUCUCCAUGGCCCUGUCUCAGGCCGUGGCCUUCGGGACACCCUGCCUGUGCCCAAGCUGUGCCCGCUUCCAGGAAUGCCCUCGCCCGUGUCCCAGAUCUCUUGGUCUCUGGGUUCCCCCAGCCCCCCGUCCCUCCCUCUGGGCCAGCCCUGGCCCCCCUGGGGUUGUUUUUCUGUGGCGUCCCCAGUGUAGGGGGUUCCCGAAGUACAGGGUCUGGGCUUGAGUCCCACUUGGCCACCUGAGGGCUUCAAUAAAUAACCUGCAAACUGAA